AUGGGUCCGCCGCCCGUAGUGACAGGCAUUUCUCCAAAAGAAGGUCCUCCAGGAACCAGGGUGACAAUACGUGGAGAAUUUUUGGGUACCAGCGUUACAGAUCUGAUAGGUCUCAAAAUAUGUGGUUGUGACUGUUUAUUGUCUGCCGAAUGGAAAAGUAAGAAUAAAAUAGUAGCACGCUCUGGACCGUGUAAGGGUCGAGGUGAUAUCAUAGUGACUACAAGGUCUGGAGGAGAGGGGACUUCUACUGUACAGUUUAGAGGUUACCAUGAAUCUAUUGGACCAGUCAAAGAGAGUGCAGUAUGGGUUGAAGAAGCUGCACCCCCUUCUUUACCCUGGGGUCGCAGACCAAUGUCACCUACAACUUAUAUCCCACCAGAUCCUCUGGGACUAUCCACUGAGGGCGAUGACUGCAAGUUUCCAGAAGAAGAACUACAUGAGAUGUUUCCGGAUGGAUCUGGAAAACUAUCUGAUGAUAACUUUCAACCAGGUUGGUAUCUGCUUGAACAUCACAGCAACACAUCUUUUGAAGAUCUAAAAGCUGGAAUGGUAUUUCUUCAAAGAAAGGUCGAAAGUCAAAAAGAGGGCCAGCUGAGUUUCCUGAAGGCAAAUACGGGUGCAGUCAUGGAUCAACUUGACAGACUUGUGCUAUUAAAAAACAUGUAUGAGGAGGAUGAGAGGAAAAACGGCAAAGAGCCUUUGCCUAGUCUACAAGCUGCUAUUGAGGAGUCCAUAACAUUAGCGGACUCUCUGUUCUCUGAGAUUUUAUCACGCAAAGAUAAUGCGGACAAGACGCGUGAGGCAUUAUCGCUUCUGACUCGGCACAAAUUCCUGUUCCAAUUGCCGGCAUCUAUUGACAGGAAUAUUAGAAAGAAGGAGUAUGAUCUAGUUGUUAAUGACUAUACCAGAGUCAAGAAUUUGUUUGGGAAUACUGAUGUGAAGUUAUUCCAGAAAAUUCUUGGGGAGAUAGACAAGAAAAUAGAAGAUUUAAAAGAAAAACUCUACAAUAGAAUGAAAACUAUGCCAAUUAAUGUGCAGGAACAGAUCAAGUAUAUCAGGUUAUUAAUAAGUUUGAAUUGGGAGGGUGACGCUGCAUGGGUCGCUAUCACCAGUCGCAAAGACUAUCUAAUGAGUCUCAUGAACAAAGUCAAGGACCACUUCAAGCAGAAAGAGGAACAAGAGUUCUCCGACAAAAAUAAGCGCAAGCUCAAGGAGGCAGAAAGCGAAGCGAGCGCAGUGCGGGGCGCGUGGUGCGCCGCGGCGUGCGGCGCGCUGUCUGCGCAGCUGCACGCGCUGUGGCCGCUCGCGCGCCGCUACUUCGCCUUCGAGCUGGCCGGCGAGCCCACCGACCACCAGCGGCAGGCGCAACUCAAGCUGUCUGCGCAGCUGCACGCGCUGUGGCCGCUCGCGCGCCGCUACUUCGCCUUCGAGCUGGCCGGCGAGCCCACCGACCACCAGCGGCAGGCGCAACUCAAGCUCUCCUUACAUAUACGCUACAGCUGUCUGCGCAGCUGCACGCGCUGUGGCCGCUCGCGCGCCGCUACUUCGCCGGCGAGCUGGCCGGCGAGCCCACCGACCACCAGCGGCAGGCGCAACUCAAGGUCUCAUAGCUCUCCUUACAUAUACGCUACAGCUGUCUGCGCAGCUGCACGCGCUGUGGCCGCUCGCGCGCCGCUACUUCGCCGGCGAGCUGGCCGGCGAGCCCACCGACCACCAGCGGCAGGCGCAACUCAAGGUCUCAUAGCUCUCCUUACAUAUACGCUACAGCUGUCUGCGCAGCUGCACGCGCUGUGGCCGCUCGCGCGCCGCUACUUCGCCGGCGAGCUGGCCGGCGAGCCCACCGACCACCAGCGGCAGGCGCAACUCAAGGAAAUGAUAAUAGCGGCAGUAGAGUUAUUCUCAGAUCACAUGCGUACCUGCCUGCUGUCUAGCACUGGCAGCAAAAAUUUGCCGAUCGACGCGCUACGUGUGCGACUGGUCGCCAACCUCCGACAUAUGAGGGAAGCUUACGAGGAGCUCAUUAAACUGGACUUGCCUUCUCAGCCUCUGAGCAUAGUUGAGAAGGUGAUAUUCGACUACCGCGUGUACGGUAUGACGAUGUUUUUGCAGCGAGCUCACAAACGAGUCAAGGGACUCGCCGAGAAAGAGACGUGGAAGAUCGAGGAAUUCACUGAUUAUGGUGCCAUUACUAAUCUACCACACCUGCUAGAGACGUACACGGAGGAGGCGCUGUCAGCCAUUCACAAGUGCGUAUCGGGCGGCGGGCGGCGCGAGGGCGUGCUGCUGGCGGAGGGCGGCGAGCCGGCGCGCGCCGCCAUCAAGCUCACGCAGGGCCUCCUGCUGGCCUACGUCGCCGUGCUGCAGGAUCUCGCCUUGCACCUCGACGACACACAGGAAUUUAAUAACAAUAACUUAUCAGUUGCUCUGGAGCAACGGAUAGAGGAAGGUGCAAGCAAUAGCCGGAGCUGGCAACAAAGAUUAUUACUGGCCGGGACCAACGCUCACUACACCAGACGCGUCACACUCACUAAUAUAUCUGAAGCAUUUCAUAAUUACGGCUUCCCCGCACCAACGGAAGCAAUUCAAGCGACAAAGGAAGCACUGAGCACCCUCGAGUCUACUAUAGCAGAGACGUAUCUAGAACACAAGGGCGACCCUCUUGUAGGUACUAUAGAAACUAGUAUGGACAUGGGCCGACACAAGACUGAUGCUGACGCUGUAAUUGAUGAUGCCAGACCCUAUGUGUACGAGAUUAUCAACAAUUUGAUCGCUGUACAUGCCGAGGUGGACGGCGUGUGCGGCGCGGCGUCGUCGCGGUACGUGCGGCUGAUCUGCGAGACGGUGUGCGAGGAGCUGGCGCGGCUGGCCGCGUGCGCGCCGGGCGCGGAGCUGGUCGCGCCGCAGGCCGCCUUCCAGGCGCGCCUCGAGCACACGCUGCUGCACGUCGCCACCGCCGAGCACCUCACGCGCAAGGCCGAGAACUAUCUAAUGGAAGCAUUGUCCACCAUUCCACCUUUAGAAAAUGAAGAAGAAAAAAAGCGAAUGGAUUCUAUAGUGGAAGGAUUCAAAAAGAGAAUGGAACUGCAGCUUGCUAGUUUAAACUGCAACAUGGAAACUGUGUAA